GUAAAUUAUAGUUCAGUGAUUGGCGGACUCUUCUUAUAUAGAAAUAAAAAAAGAAAGAAUUGUUACCUAGAUUUAUCUGUCAUGAUGGCCGACCUAAAGUGGGAGUCGGCUCUUGAAGACAUUUCAAAAGCAUCUAUACAAGAUAUUGAGAAUCUGUGUCACUUGAUUGCUAACAGUAUCUGUCGUGAUGGUGCCAUUGAUCCUGGGCAGUUCUCGUCGAUCUGGUCUUUGGAAAAGUGGUGGCAAAUACAAACUGGUCUUAGAGGCGUCUUGAAGACAGCUGUUGGCAAAAACUGGGCUAAUGAUCAGAUAUCGAACGCAUUGGGCUCACUUGAUGAUUCAUACAAAAAGAUUAUUUGCGAUGUAGUCUCCAUCCACAAAGAAGCCCUCAGGAAUAAACUCAUUCAAGAUACAACCGCAGUCUCUCAUUCUGUCUUGGCAGAUUUUGACUGGAAAUUAAAACUAACUUUGGCCAGUGAUAAAUUAGCAUCACUUCAAGAACCACUACUCCAACUGUCCAUGGAUGUUCGACAGAGUAAUGGGAAGAGGAAAAUAGUAACUGUAGAACUAGAUCAAUCUGAGUUGUCCAAACUAAUCUCUUCGUUAGAGAGUUGCAGUAAAUCAGUUCAACAAUUGACAACUACAGCACCACAGCCCUGAGUUGUGGAAGCCUGACUCCUACUAGCAUGAACAGUGAUGGACUGCAGGGCUAAUACCUGAACAUCAAUAAUUGGAUUGGACCCAGUCACUGUAGAAAACAAAAUUAUUGCUGGUUGCUUUUGUAAUUUGUGAUAUGGCUUUUGUAUAUCUGGAACAACUUUGUUGAAGUUGCGAUGAAAGAAAUUUGCUUGAGUAGAACAUUUACUGACUGCUAUUUGUAUUGUAAGCUUUAGUAAGAUGUUUGAUUGAUGAAAGCUACUCAAAAUCUUUGGUAAAUGUUUUUUAUUGUUGUAUUCUUUGUAAAAAGCAAGCCAAGGAUGAACAAAAAAAAAUUCUUGCUGUGUAAACUGUUUCUUUAAACAGAAUUUAGACUUGUGUAUUCAUCAGCUGCUAUACCUUUUCCCAUAUAUAUCCCUUAACAUAAGAAAAGCAUUGUGGGUUGUUUUUUUUUUAGGUGUUAUCAAAUGUAUGAUUAUUAUCAUCUUUUAUUCACUUUGAUGUCAUCCACAUUUUAAAUGACAUCACUUGACCUCCUCAAACUACCAGCCCUUCAUUCCUGAAUCCAAAUCAAUAAUGAGAAAGGUGGAGUAUUAUGGUAAUAUACAUGUCAUAUUUCGGUUUUAUGUUAACAAUUCUUUUCUAAUGUGUCGAGAAACUUUCUUGCUGAGAUAGAUAACAAUUGUAAUAUGUUGGAUUGACUCAUUAAAACCAGCCACUACACAUGAAAAUUGUAAAUGAUUCAAUUCUGGUCCUUUUAUUUUUCUAUUCUACAUUAAUGUUUAUCAAUGUAAGCAUUUAUAUAUCUACAUAGUUCAUAAUUGCCUGAGGUGUGACUUCAUUGAUCAAAAUUGAGUGAGGUAUGACUUUUUCCCAUGUGACUUCAUUGUAUAUAAAAUUGUAAAUUAUUAUUUGUAAGAUAACACAUUCAGAAAUCUUGUUCUAUUAAUGUUGUAUGUCAAUUUUUAGUUUUAUGACAACAUAGCUUCAUUAGUCAGAUAAGUUGUUUUUUUUCUACUGAAGCCUACAGUUUCUUUGUAUUUUAAUAAUUGUUGGAUCAGUUGAGUUUGAUUCAACUAUCUGACUUGAAUCAUACCUAUGUUAUUUCUGGCAGAAGAGAAGUUAGGUCAAUAGGAAAUAUUUUUAGCAUGACAGUGAGGUAGUUCACUGUUUUUGUUGUUAGUAUUUAAAAUUUUUUCACAAUCUUUAAAUGACAAGUAAAUCAGAUUAGCCUCUGACAUUCCUAAGGUAUCAAUCAACGACAGCUAGAUCUUUUUGUUUUUGUCUCUCUUCGAGUUAUUAAGGUUCAAGGUUCUAUGAUUGUUGUGAACGGAUUUCAGAAAUAUGCAAGUUUUUUUGUUUGUUUUUUUUAGCAUCAUGUCCUUACAUUAAUACACAUUGAAAGAGUUUAAGACAUUGUUCUAUUUUAAGCCUUAGACAUUUAUUUUGUUCUACUUUAAGCCUUACUCAUCGUUUUUUGUUUUUAUUGUUAUUGUAUUUACCUGUAAUAGAUUUGAAGCAAAGAGACACAGUUUAGAAGAAAAGCAUUUAUUACUGUGCAGUUUUAUUAGAAGAAAAGCAUUUAUUACUUUGCAGUUUUAUUGGGCAAGACAGUCCAUAUUAUUAUUAUUAUAGUCGGAUGUCGAGCCUCCUUCAUAGGUAGUCAGGUUCAAGCAUACUUAGCCUCUCGACCACACUUUCAACACUUGAACCAGUCUAUAACAUUAGUAGGCAUAGGAAAGCAGUGAAUAGAAAGUAACCGUGAAACAGAAGCCACAACCUCUUGACCAUAUUAACAAAUUAAAAAUACCCUAGUCCAGGUGUAAUGAAAGUCUAUAAGAGGAAUUUGAAUGCUUUUUGUAAAGAGUGAUCAGGUUAUUCAAAAGUAACAUUUUGGUGUAAACUUGUUUUUAUGUUUCAAAUAUUUGUUUUUGUUAAGACACUUGCAUACAAUGAGAAUGCUGGAAUGAAGACAUAUAGAAAUUAAACUACAAUUCCAAUUUUUUGGAUCAAUAAAAUUUUCUCUCAAAAAACA